UUCCUCAAGCCUCAUGGCAUUUCCCCGGGGCCACGGGGCCCCUCCAGGCCGGACAGCGCGCUCCUGGGCCCGGCUCCUCCUGGCAGCCUCCAUCCUCACCGCCGGGGUCCGGCCCGCGGCCCCUCUCACCGUCCGACCGGCCGUGGCUGCAGUCGGGGACAACGUCACUCUGACCGCCCACGGAGACCCAGCCAACGUUGCACUCUAUAACUGGUACCGAGGGACAAAUCGGAGAGAAAACCUCAUCUUUGAAUACAUAACCACCUCAGGCAGACUGACGCUUGGAAAAGCAUACACGGGCCGCGAGUUUGUGCGUCCAGAUGGCUCCCUGCUCAUCACCAGCGUUACAGUCAAUGAUACCGGCCUCUACUCUGUAGCCAUCAUAUUCAAGAACUUUUCUUCUGCUUCAGGAAAAGGAGAGUUAAGGGUUUAUGUUGUGGCUCCCUUCUCAGGGGUCUCCAAUCCCUCACUCUCCGGAGGGGCCAUUGCUGGCAUCGUCAUCGGAUCCCUGGCUGGAGGAUCGCUGAUCGCGACGCUGGGGUAUUUCCUAGUCACCACGAAGGGCCGAAGGCGAUCGGGGGAGCCCGUGGGAGAGCCUGGCCCAGGAGGAAGAAGGACCCCAGCGCCCAACCGCUGGAAGAGCGAUGCUUCCCACGUUAACUUCCACUCCACUGGACUAGCCCCAAUGGCAAAGCGGGGAUCUCCGAGGACAUCAUCAUUGGAGACCCCCACAGAGGCCGGCCAGUUCUAUGAGACCUUGGAUCCUGGAGACAUGAACACCUACUGCGAGAUCACACCGUCGGCCUAGUCUGGGAGGGCCCCUGCCUGGUCUUCCUCUCUCCCCUCCUCCUGGGGAAGCCCUUCUCAGGACAAGGCCGGGCAGGCCAGGGACACCGAUUCCAGAAGCUGGUGGCCAUGGGAAUUUGGGGAUUGACUGCUGCCUGAUGACCAGGCUGACCUGCUGUAUGGAGAGAUGGUCAGGUGACCCACCAAUGCCCUGGGGGCCUCAGAUUAGGGGUCAGAAAGCAUCCCAGAGUGACCUGGUGAACUCAUGGUGGGAGGGAGCAGCAGGUGCCAUGGGCUACUGGGAGCUGGGUCAGAGGGGGAGGGGGACCCUGAUCUCUCCCCCCGGACUCCCUGGCCAGAUGGGAAGAUCUCUCCGACCCCAGUGCUCUCCCUGGCAUGGUUGAGGUGGGCACCCCACUGGGCUGCCCUUUUCCUGUGUUCCUCCUGGUCAGGCUCGGGACCUGUGGGGUCACCUCGGGGAAGGUGUGACCCCUUUCUCCAGCUCCAACCCCACAGCCCCCAGGGGCUGCUUAGAUGGACCUGCUCUGACCUGGACUGGGGCUUGGCUUUCCCUCUCUGGGUCAGCACCGACUGGCACCCGAACCUGGAGGAGAAGGAACAGCAGGCCCAGCCUAGGCGGGGUGCAUGGGCAGGGACGCUGGACUCAGCUACACAGUCUGAAUCGUUCUGUUGUGUCCACACCCAGUGGCUGGCUCAUAGUGAGCACAUGAUAAAUAUCAAUCCAUCAUUCUCUCAAGUUCUUGUCACUGCAUCUCCCACCUCAGGGAAAAGGUGGCUGCUAGCACAUU